CCGACUCCAGAAGAGGAGCUGGCCGUGAAGUGGAACUUAGAGAUCGACGCCUAGGACGCUUCACCAAACGCCGCCGUGCCAGGCAGGUCCCGGUAGAGACGCUAAGCUCCGGGGUCUCCAGCUGGCCGGCGGCGGCAUGUGGCUACCGCGCGUGUCCAGUACUGCAGUGAUGGCGCUGCUGCUGGCUCAGACUUUCCUCCUGCUCUUUCUGGUCUCGCGGCCGGGAUCAAGGUCACCUGCGGGUGGCGGUGAUGAGGAGCGCGUGCAUGUGCUGGUGUUGUCCUCGUGGCGCUCGGGCUCGUCUUUCGUGGGUCAGCUCUUCAGCCAGCACCCGGACGUCUUCUACCUGAUGGAGCCCGCGUGGCACGUGUGGGCCGCCCUGUCACAAGGCAGCGCACCAGUGCUGCACAUGGCCGUGCGCGACCUGGUGCGCUCUGUCUUCCUGUGCGACAUGGACGUCUUUGAUGCCUACCUGCCAUGGCGCCGCAACCUGUCAGACCUCUUCCAGUGGGCGGUGAGCCGCGCGCUGUGCUCACCGCCUGCCUGCGAUGCCUUCCCGCGCGGAGCCAUCAGCAGCGAGGCAGUGUGCAAGCCACUGUGUGCGCGGCGGCCCUUUAACCUGGUGAGUGAGGCCUGCCGCUCCUACAGCCACGUGGUGCUCAAGGAGGUGCGCUUUUUCAACCUGCAAGUGCUCUACCCACUGCUCAACGACCCCGCACUCAACCUGCGCAUUGUGCACUUGGUGCGCGAUCCGCGCGCCGUGCUGCGCUCCCGCGAGCAGACGGCCAAGGCACUAGCGCGUGACAAUGGCAUCGUACUAGGCACCAAUGGCACAUGGGUGGAGGCCGACCCGGGCCUGCGCGUGGUGCGCGAGGUGUGCCGCAGCCACGUGCGCAUCGCCGAGGCCGCCAUGCACAAACCGCCGCCCUUCCUGCGCGGCCGCUACCGCCUAGUGCGCUAUGAGGACCUGGCGCGGGAGCCUCUGGCCGAGAUCCGCGCGCUCUACGCCUUCACGGGCCUGAAUCUCACGCCACAGCUCGAGGCCUGGAUCCACAACAUCACGCACGGCUCGGGGCCCGGCGCGCGUCGCGAGGCCUUCAAAACCAGCUCCAGGGACGCGCUCAACGUCUCGCAGGCCUGGCGCCACGCACUGCCCUUCACCAAGAUCCGCCGCGUGCAGGAGCUGUGCGCCGGUGCCCUGCAACUGCUGGGCUACCGGACCGUGUUCUCUGAGGAGGAGCAGCGCGACCUCGCCCUGGACCUGGUGCUGCCGCGCGGCCCGAGCAGCUUCAGCUGGGCCUCGUCCACCGCUGCGCAUCCCCAGCCCUAGUGCAGGGCCCCAGCGCCGCGCUGGCCAAGGACUGGGAGACAGGUGUGAGGCGCAGAGGUGAAACUGGUCGGUGCCCAGGGGUUCAUCUGUCCUGUGGUAGGAAGGGACUGAGGCCCCAAACACCACGUUUCUUUCUCCGCAACAGCGUGGCUUGGCUUUGUGCCCUGCGGGAGCUGGAGACCCAGCAGGUGCACCCUUCAUGGAAAGCGAAGCACAGGAAGUGUUUUGGCUUCUACUCCAUUACUUUAUUUUCUCUUGCCCCUGGGGACGUGUCUUGCGCAAGCUGAGAAGAGUGGCCCUUGUGCUGUGGGGCUGGGAAGGAAAAUGCUCUGUGGUGGACCGGCCGGCUCCUGAAGUUUGUAGGUCUCUCGUGUGGGCACACACACACACAC